AUGUCCGACCUGAAGCCUAAGCCUGGCAGGUUAUCCUUGUUGGGACUUGUCAAAGAGGUAUUCAAUUGGUACCCAUCCCAUUAUCCAGUUGAAGAGCGGAAAUUACUCUUUAAAUUGGACUUGUCAAUCCUUGUGUUUGCCUGUCUAUGCUUUUUUGUCAAGUAUUUGGACCAAACAAACAUCAACAAUGCCUACGUCAGUGGUCUGAAAGAAGACUUUGAUCUUUACGGCAAUGAACUUAAUUACUUCAAUAUCUGCUACUUUACAUCAUAUGUUGUUUUUCAAAUACCUGGUCUACUCCUGAUGUCGCGCCCGAAACUAGCUCGCUGGCUACUCCCCACACUUGAGGUUCUGUGGGGUAUAUGUACGUUCGCUCAGAGCCGUGUGACAAAUGUCAACCAAUUGUACGCGCUUCGUGUUUUAGUAGGCAUGCUUGAGGCGCCUGUAUUUGCUGGAACCCACUUCGUCCUCGGUUCCUGGUACUCUGGUCCGGAACUGUUCAAGCGAGCAGGAACUUGGUUCAUAAUGAACCCCGCAGGAUCAGCAAUUAGCGGUUAUCUACAAGCAGCGGCAUACACCAAUCUCUCGGGUGUUAGCGGUAUGCCCGGUUGGAGAUGGCUGUUCAUCAUCGAUGGUGUUUUCACCAUACCUGUGGCCUUACUCGGUUUCCUUAUUUUCCCUGGCAUUCCUGGUUCACCAAAGCCUUUCUAUUUGACAGACAGAGAUAUCGUCCUGGCGAAGGAGAGAACAGAAAGGGCCAAGAUUCGAAGGCCUGGAAAGAUGAGUCUUGAUGUUUUCAAGAGGACUUUCAAGCGAUGGCAUAUUUGGCUCUUUGUCGGCUGUUACAUUUGCAUGAUAAUUUCUGGGUAUCCAGCUGGCUACAUGAGUCUAUGGCUCAAAGCGGAGGGUUACACUGUCAAGCAAAUCAAUCAGCUUCCGACUGUUACUUAUGGAGUUCAGAUUGUUGUGUCUUGGCUAGGGACUACAUUAGCAGCGAUUUAUCCGGAGUGGAUCAUCUUCACGAUUGCCUCCGCAUUCUGUUUGUUUUCGACAAUCGUCAUGAUAAUUUGGAACGUGCCUACCGGGCUAAAGUCAGUCAAUUCCGGUUCUGCAUUUCCUGGUGAGCUCUUUGCUGACGUCUUCAGAUUCAUUGCAUGGUACUUCCUAGGGGCUGCUGGAUGUCUGAGUCCCAUUUUGUAUUCAACUAUCAAUACAAUUGUCAAGGACGACUCCGAGGAACGAGCACUGAUCAUGGGCGCUAUGAUGUCGGUGGGCUAUUCGUUCAACAUUUGGGUUCCGCUAUUAGCAUUCCCAACUGCUGGCCCGAAUGGUGCACCAAGAUGGCGACAUGGAUGGCCGGUGUCCUUCGUCUUCUAUUUCCUUUUGUGGGCUGGGUUUGUUGUCGCUAUUGUUAUAUAUCGAAGAGAGCAAAAGAAGGAAAACUCGGAAUUUUCUCAAGAUAGUAGUGAUGAGGAAAGGGAGACAGUCGUGGUCAAUACGGUUCCAACGCGGAAAACUUAA